UUAAUUCACAAAAGUUCGAAGAAAAUGCCAAUCACCGCCUGCCUGGCCAGCCAUUAUAUCAGCGUUCAUAAUCCGGUCACCACAACAUAACCAGUGCAAAAACACAUAAUCGGACCAUGCGUACAUAAUCCGGCUGUCCCGGUUGUAAACAGACCGUUUUCGCAAUCUGGGCAGAACGGGCAUCACUUUUCUUAGAAAUUUACUUGCAACUUUUUGCAUUAUCUGUUAUCUUGAAAACGAGGCCUGAAUGCAAAACAUUCUCGCCAGCUGGCUUUGUGAAAAGGAAGUUAUGUACAAAAGCAAAAUGGCAAUGCAGAACUAAUGAUGAAAGGAAUCUUCUUCGCAUCUGAGCAAUGUAUGUAGACCGCAAUGUAGAACUGUUAGUUGCUAAGGACAGAACUCCAAAUGAUGCAUCGUUUGAUGAAAGCUCAAAUCUACCACCAUCUUAUGAAUCUAUAUUUGGUCAAUUUAAAGAAAACAAAGAUGGCUCUGACAGUUCUUUAGCAUAUUUCAAAAAAGCAGCAAUGAUGUUCGCUGGAACUGCUGGUUGCACAUUCUCAUUGAUGUUAUUAUUAGCUCUACCAAUGUCUAUGAUUAUUAUAGGAUCAAAAUAUAAAGAUGAUUGUCCGGUGGAGCCCUUUAUACCAAUAUAUCUAAUUGUUGGAGGUUCGUUUGGCAUCUUAAAAACAGUUAUAAUUAUCCUGCAGCGAAUAAUAUACAAUGAAGAUAUAUUUUCCAGCGAAUCGAAAGAGAAUCACGUUGAUGAAAGACCAAUCGCAUGGAUGUUUCUCGAUGGUGUGUUGAAUAUUUUUCUGUUCACGUGGUUUAUAGCUGGUAACAUUUGGGUGUAUUCAAAGUAUAAACCUCACUUUAUCCCUCCACCGCAUGAACCAUUGAACUACUGCAAUAAGACCUUGUAUUUAUUUGCAUUCUGGAUUAUCACAGUGUGUUAUUUGGUGAUGGCGAUGAUUUGUUUCUGCACGUGUUGUUUAGGUGUGUGUGCAAGUUGCACGGCUUAUUUUGUCACCAGCUCGAACACGCAGUUACGACAAGAUGAAUAAUGCUACCUUGAAUACAUAUUUUUGAAAAAAACUAUGUUUCGCGGUUUACGUGGUUUUUGCUGGAAUCUAUGGAAUUAAAAUUUUUGUGAAAUUUUCAAGGCUCGUCACUCAUCGGGUUACAAUUGUCUCAAUUCUUCUUAUUUUUGUUCAACAGUCAAAAAUUACUAUAUUAUCAAGGAAAAUGUAACUUAAAAAGAGUACGGAAGAGGGGAAUUUUGAAAUCAUAUUUGCUUAAAGAUGAACUGCAUUUCCUUUCUAAAUUAAACUCUAAAGAAGAAACUAUAUUAACCAACAGGGAAAUUAAAUAUAAGCAAAAAUUGAUUCUUGAAGAAAUUUGCGAAGUCGCGAAAUUUAUUUCUCGUAGAACUUCAUUUCGUUAAAUAAUACAACAAAACAUGUAUGCAAAAAAGAAUUGAAAAGUUUUAUACAUUUUUUUGUGGAUUUCUGCUGCAAUGAAAUAGAAUAUAAAACAUUAUUAUGAAUUGGGUAUCCAAAUUAUUUUUAUACUUGCAUUUAUUUUGCAAGGAAUUUGGUUAUAUCAUAAAAAUUAUAUUUAUACAUAUAAAAUUAUCAAAUUAUAUAAGCAGGUAAAAUUGAAUAUUCUUAUGUCUUUUUUUAAUAGGAUCAUUUAUUUAUAUAAAAUUAUUUUAAUAAAAAAAUGCUAUUUGG